CGUACGUGCACUCUCCUAGCUGCUGCACCAGCUGCCCCAAACUCCGUCAAUUGUUCAAACUUCCACUCUCUCACUACCUACCGCCAUCACCACCUCUCCUCCCUUUCUCCUACAAUCCCCCAUAAUCUCGCUCCACCAUGGCCGACAGAUUCCCCUCGCUGGAUGAGAUCGACGCCGGCCAGACCGAGGCCCGCGGCGACGCCAACUUCGACCUCGUCGGCGACUCUGCCGGCGACGACUUCCUGAGCCGCGAGCGCGCGCUGCUGGGCGACGACGCCGAGCAAUUCGCGACGCCGGGCGCCACGGUCGAAGAUGCCGGCGACGACGACCUCCUGGGCGGCGGCGGCGACGCCAGCGACUUCCCCGCCGUCGACAGCGGCGAGAUCUCCGGCUUCGAGAGCUCCUUCCCGGCCAUCGACACCACCAACGAGCACAUGGCCCCCGGCGGCACGAUAACCGGCAGCAGCGCACCGUACCUGCCCGGCGCGCCGCAGGCGACGUACGCGGCGCCGGCGGACGAGCCCGAGCCGGAGGUGAUCCGGGAGUGGCGCGAGCGGCGCGACAUGGCGCUGCAGCACCGGGACCAGGUGUCGGAGGAGAAGAAGGCGGCGACGGUCAAGGCGGCGCACGAGGCCAUCGACGACUUCUACGAGAACUACAACAACAAGAAGGAGAAGGGCAUAGCGCAGACGCGCAAGGACGAGGAGGAGUUCCUCGCCAACCGCGAGGACACCUCGGCCGGCGGCACCAGCUGGGACCGCAUCGCUAAGCUCGUCGACCUCAGUGGCAAGGGCGCCCGCGGCGGUGGUUCCGGCACUGAAAAGGCCCGCUUCCGUGAGAUUCUGCUCAGCCUGCGCAAGGACGAGAAGGCCCCCGGCGCUACGGGCUACUAGGCGCGAGUCGGGCGGCUUCUUGCACGCUUCUGAUUUUGUAUGACGGCCGGGCGACAACGGCUCCGGAUAGAGGUUCUAGCGAUUUGUUUGUUCAGAAAUACCAUGACGCAUCACUGACUGCUGG